AUGACGCAGAUUCCUCUCGACACUCUGAAGCAGUGUCUCCAGUUCCUGGAAUGGCUGCAUAAAGGCAGCCGGAUGAGGGGAAGUAUGCGCUCCAGAGUGGCUAGUCAACUGGCUGGGCAUGCGUCUAAUUAUUAUAACCAGGUGGUGUAUACUGGAGAUUUGCCACCAACAGUAUCCGAUUUUCUCACUAAAGUAAACAAAUUUUAUGCGAAAUUGUGCAACAAGGCAAUUGCAGGUAGUUAUGAAACCGCAACCCUUGCCGAAGUUGUCAAUGCUCUUCUGGAGUGCAUACCUAAGGUCCUUGCUGCCCUUUACUUUUUAAGGUACAAUGUCGACAAGAAAUUCAAGGUACUGGGUGGCGGGGGGUGGGCAGGAAACAACCCUGGGAUCGAUGGGAAUAGGUAUGUGUGGAGGUGGUUUAAAUCAGAUAAUUGGGGAGGUGCCACUCAGCGGUACCUCAGGGCGACGAAACAAGAUCGUGAGUUUGGCAUUCCCACCGGUGUAGUUCCUGGAGGCUUCGAAAAGAAUGAUUUGAAAGAGGGGUGGAACUACUAUUCUCACGAGGGUUAUUACUAUUCGGAAAACAUGAUAGAUGACAUCAAGGCCAUUUUGAGCAAAAACGGCCGGAACGACUAUCGCAACAUAUUUGUCACUUCGAUUAUUUCUGCAGCAGGAACCGACAUUGCAAACACAGCGAACGCUGUUGGCUUGCUGGUACUAUUUUGUAGCAUUGUGUUGAAAGGAGUUACUCAUGAUGGCGGUGAAAUGAAACGGAAAUUGGAGGAAGAUUUAACUGAUAACAAUAAUAAAAAAUGCAUAGAUUGGAACAAGCUAACGUCUCAUUGUAGAAUGCUUAAAUCGCAAUUGGAAGGUUUUUUCAGUGAUGAUGCCUUUUCAUACACAGGCGAGGCGCCGUCCAUUGAAUCAGAAAAUGAGACUAAAUUCAUGAAGGAAACGGCGAAAUGGUUUAGAGGGAAAUUGUCGCAUGUAGUGCGAAAUGUGAAUCGCAUUAGUAGAGAUUACCCUGACGUACGCCGUUCCAAUUUUUCGCCGAUUAACAGCUUUGCCGCCAAUAACAUGUUUCCUUACGGUUUCAUAUUUGGUGAGAAAAACUAUGGAACGUUUUUCGACGGAUUGAAUACUUUGUCGCAGAAGUGGAAACGUGUAAUAGAUAUGAUUAAUACGAAUAAAAGUUUGGAGAAGUUGAAAACCCUUCUGGAAGGUGAGGGAUGUCCAAAGUUUGAAGCGCGGAAGCUGAAUGACACUAAUGCUUCUACUACUAACUCUGCUUUUACAAAGCAUGUGGCCUCCGAAACCGAUGCACCGCAUCCUACGGUCAAUAAAGCUGGGGAAAGUUCACCUCAGGCCAAGAAAGCGGAGGGUGCACAGAACCAGGGCAAGAAAGCGGAGGGAGCACAGAACCAGGGCAAGAAAGCGGAGGGAGCACAGAACCAGGGCAAAAAAUCUGAGGGUGCACAGAACCAGGGCAAGAAAGCGGAGGGAGCGCAGAACCAGGGCAAAAAACCUGAGGGUGCACAGAACCAGGGCAAGAAAGCGGAGGGAGCACAGAACCAGGGCAAGAAAGCGGAGGGAGCACAGAACCAGGGCAAGAAAGCGGAGGGAGCACAGAACCAGGGCAAAAAAUCUGAGGGUGCACAGAACCAGGGCAAGAAAGCGGAGGGAGCGCAGAACCAGGGCAAAAAACCUGAGGGUGCACAGAACCAGGGCAAGAAAGCGGAGGGAGCGCAGAACCAGGGCAAAAAAUCUGAGGGUGCACAGAACCAGGGCAAGAAAGCGGAGGGAGCGCAGAACCAGGGCAAAAAAUCUGAGGGUGCACAGAACCAGGGCAAGAAAGCGGAGGGAGGGCAAAAUCAGGGCACGGAAGUGAAACCAGAUCCGAAUGGAACCGAAGCUAAAAGUGAGCAGGAGCCUGGAUCUCAUCAGAAUGUACGUGUUUCUGACUCUCAGAAACCCGGCGCCCCAAAUGAGGUGGGCUCGGCAGUGCCUCCUCCUCCAGCCCCUCCCAGCAGUGUUCCUGCACCCAGGGAAUCCGCUGGUACGCCAGAUGGAGGGACUCCAGGUUCACCGGGUAUUAAUAAUUCUAGUACACACACUGGUGGUUCUAAAGUCAUUGCCACUCCUCAGUCUCCAAGUCGUACGGGUGCAGGCUCUAAUCGGUCUGGUGGCUCUCGUACCGGUAGUGAUGAGGGAAAGGGAGACCAGGCGUCUGCUUCUGACGCUGAUGCAGUAAGUAGUCAAGGCAAUACUACCACCAAAGGCACCGAUACAACGACAUCCAAUGAUUUGGGUACUGGUUUAAGUGUCGGUUUUAAAAAUGGAGGUAGUGGGAGCACUGGGGUUCAGGGGUCCGAUCAGCGCUCUGCGAAUUCUCCAAAUCCCGACGACAAAUGUCCACGAUCCAGAGGAUAUAGACAGAUUAGGCUCGGACCUAAUAGUGGAACAUACUGUGUCCGAGAUGAUGAUUAUAAGCGACAAGAAGAAAUCAACAAUAAGUGGUACGAAAAAGUAAAAAAAAGUGAAGAUGCAGCUAAACGUAGAAAACAGGAUGAAGAGGAAAAACGCAAACUGCAGAAAGAUGCUCAUGAAAAGCUGCAAAACAAAUGGCAUCAAGACUUCAUAUUUUCAGGAGGUGUCGACGUCUACGGUUACCCUCUUAAACAUAACCCAGAUGCCCCCUUACAACCCGUCUUCGUCGAACUUGGGGGGUUACCCAUCAUGGAUCCAAUAAAGGAAACACAGAGUAAUUAUCCAGAAGCACCGAGCAUGAUUCAUUUCCAGCAACCUCCGCUUGCUGACCAUAAUUUUCCUCACCCUCCUGUGCCCAUACAACACCUCAUCAAUAUUCCCACGGAGGGAGCAUUGUCGACAGACAAAUACUCAAUUCAUUCAUUUCCCACUGAUAAGUCUGGAAUUUCGCCAGUAAAAGAUGAAAAGAGAAAAUUUCGAGAAUCGUUUGUCCCCACAGACUUCUUGGAUCCCUUACCUCCAAUAAAUCUAGAAGUUGUAGAAGCGUACACUCCCAUUAAAGCAGAUACACCACCCGAUCUUUUCAUAGAGGUCGCUAAGCGCCCAUUUGCCGACCCCGUGUCUGUCAAUGACUUGGAUUUAGAUGCCCCUUAUGCGAAAACAUACGAUAUACUAAGAGAUCGAUACCAAGAGCUUGGUCACGCAACUGGCGAAAUCAAAAGCUUUUCUGACGUGCCACGGACUAACUUCCAUCUGGACUUUGUGCAGGGCCUCCCCGGACUUGAAGGGUACGAAGACCCAGGAAUGCCGCGUGAUUCUCCUAGACAGGUAGCUGAGCAUAACGUCCCGCUAGUCCCCGAUACUAGCUUUAUUCAACGAACUCUGGAACUGUCAGCACCUCAUGUGGAUAUUGAUGUUGCAAACAAAUGGUCGACUGAUACAGAUUCUAAGCCUAAGGACAUAUCCUUGGAAAUACAGCAUGUUGAUCCUCUUGAAUCGCUGGGGUUACCGCCUAUUCUGCCUACAGUUCUCGUCGAACGAGCAGAUCGCUCAACGAUUCAAAAUGAAAGCGAUCUCCCAUUUGAAGUUUCUAUCCACGUCCCCGAUCGUGCAGUCCAAGAUGCCCUACACGAUGUAGACUUAUAUUAUGACCAUUACGCGAACGCGGACAGUAUCUUGCGAAAUGAAAUUAAAAAUGCUGAAUCCUGGUACGGGGAAGACAAGGACUUUUCUGGACUGCCAAAAAGUAAUUUCAAUCUUGACUUCACCCCGGCAUUUUUUGAAUAUAAUGGGCACCAAGAUCCCGGGAUACCGCGGGAUCCUUCACGGCAGGUGUCUGCCCGGGAUCUUCCACUCUUUCCGGAUCCUACUCAAUGUCUUAACCCAUGGUAUGUGGACCCUUCAUCCAAGUCGUCAACAUUCUCUCCUGCUCCAAACUCCGACCAUCUGCCCCCGCCUCAAACUAUCAGGGGAAUGCUCUUCUGGAUCGUAGGCUUGACUGAAUAUGGUUAUAUUGAGAGGAUUACGGAGCAUGUGGUAUGCAUUUUGGAGGAUAUUAACAACGCCAGCAGUGUCUACCAGUUUCCAGAUAGCCUUGAUAUCGCCGCCUUGACCACUUCCCUGGUAACCAAAACCCUUACAGACUCGUGCCACUUCGCGGCCAACUUUCUCUACAGGUUUAAGCAUAAAGACGUUUCGGAUGCUUUUAAAUCCUUUUUCAAAAAUCAAGAUAACAAUGGGUUUUAUUAUUCCCCUGACCCCGCCUGCCUCCUCUGUCAGCUGCGGGACUACGUCUACGCCGCUCACCACCAGUUGCAGUUCCUGAAGGCGCAGUGUAAUCGGGAUAAGUCACAUGGUGGUUGGCAGGAUUGUAAGUACGGUAGUGACAUCACUUCUCCCAACUCCCCUCUCCAGGCCUUCCUGACUGAUGGGUGUUACUCGGACUUCGACACUUAUCUCUUCGAUCCGGGCAACAUCUGUCUUAAGAGCCGUGUCAAAAUGGGAUUUCGAUACGAGGGUUUGCCUGAUGAAUCCCAUGAUGGCAGCUAUCUAUCCACCAUCCUGUCUCCCACUUGUGGCGGUGACGACCCCUUAUUGACGUUAUCGUCUUAUCUCAACUGCCUUACCAGAAGGACGCCGAGGACCACCGGGGAACUUGUCUCAUUCUUCCAUCAUUUCGGAAAUGAGCUGCACUUAUCAUAUUCGAAAGGGCCGUCAAACCUGGGCACCGCUCUCUCCACUCCACACGACUGCUGCCCCAAUUGGGAUCAUCUCGGUCGCCCCGACCUCGACGCUGUGCGUGACUUCCGGGGUUGUCAAUCUCCCAGCUCUGGCAACUGUCACCCCAAUACACUGUUCACGCUGCUUGGGUGCCACAUUGGCAACGUUCACUGCCAUAGACAUUUGUCGCCAAUCACCUACCGGGCAUAUGCCCUGUACUCUCCUAUCUUCUCACAUACCUACCUCAGCUGGACGGUAUAUCUAACCGACAGACUGUGGGAGUCACUCGACAAGCUGCUUUAUGAUCUAGACAGGCUCCAAUGUUCAAACGUUAGAGCCAACCAUCACUGUGCCGAUGCGCUGCCACUCCUCUACUAUCACGGGUUCACGCCGCCGGAGGGCAUGCCAGCAUCUGCAGUGAAGUGUUCGGACGUCAUCGCCAAGCUGGAGGAAGUGGUCAACGGCGACGCUGUUGCAAAGCUUGUGACCUGCAUGGACUCCUUCCUGUACAGGAUCAGGAUGCCUUUCAUCAUACUUGGAUUCGCACUUUGGUCUGCCGCAUUCUGCCUUCUCGUUCACGCAAUACUGUAUCGUCGGGACAUGCUGCGCAUUCGUUCUCACAUCAUGCGCUGCAAGGUAUCACACGCUAUCGACGUCAAGGUGCUGCUCUCUCUAAGCAGAAAUAUGAUCUCACUUUACGACAUCGAAUACUUCGACGACGACGAUGAACUCACUGAAGCAUCGAACACACUUUUUCAAUGA